AAUUAAUCUUAGGCGCAAGUACAAAUCCCGCAACAUUUGAGCCCAUAGCUUUUUGCCGCCCAGGGUAAAGUCUGCCAUGAGAAACUCCCAUUAGCCAUCGAUCGCACGUGUGUUCCUCCACACUGCUAUUAUCUCAUCUCUGGCCUCAGCUCGUCAUUCCUGAACAGCAAGCAGAAUUCGCUUUUCUGCCAUUGGGUACUGGCCACUGAUUGGAUUGCCAAACGAGGCCAUCGGCAUUUGGGGGCAGGUUUCCCCGGGUCUCAUGUUUCCCCUCGUGGCUGCGGGGAUCAAAGGGUCCCUGCCGUGGAAUGAAGCCCUUUCAGGUGUAGCAGGGUCCGUGUCCCUGGCAUCAUGGAUCUUCUUGCUGGUGCCGCAGUUGGUUGAAAAUUACAAGCAAGGAAAUGCCGAAGGAAUUUCUCUUGUUUUCCUAGCUUUGUGGUUUGUUGGAGACAUUACAAAUUUUAUAGGAGCUAUCUGGGCAGACUUAGUACCUACUGUUAUUGCCCUAGCCGUAUAUUUUUGCAUUGCCGACCUCGUCCUCAUUGUACAAUGCAUUUACUACAAUCUUCUGAGUGCACGACGGUCGAAACGGCAAAUUUCGAAUGCGUCGGCCCGGUCUGAGCCAGACGACCCCGAGCGUCCUCUUCUCGACAGGACAAGGCACAGCAGUGACAAUACCAGACUUUUGGGUUCAAGGCGACGCUCAUCCGCUUCCCAUAGACACAGAGGCAGCCAUUCCUCAUACAGGCGGAGAGACUCACUUUCGAAGAUUGCCGAAGACGAGAGUCCGGCGAAAGUAUGGAUCAAGAACACGGUGACUGUCACUCUUAUAUGGGCCGCUGGCGUCGCUGGUUGGGCUAUCGCCUGGAAGACUGGUGUCUGGACGCCAGCAGAUAAUAAUGGCGAGGAAACAAAAAUGCCCGCAGGCGCCGAAAUCCUUGGAUACGUGAGCGCGUUGUGCUACUUGGGUGCUCGCAUCCCGCAGAUCAUAAAGAAUUAUCGGGAAAAGUCUUGCGAAGGGCUUUCAUUGUUAUUCUUCGUUCUGUCUCUCCAAGGGAAUAUCACCUACGGAGCAGGGAUACUUUUCCACUCGGUCGAAAAGGAAUAUUUUAUCAAGAAUAUCCCUUGGUUGAUUGGAUCCCUCGGGACCAUGUUUGAGGAUAUCAUAAUAUUUAUGCAGUUUCACAUAUACGCAGAUAACCAGGAGACGAGUUCGGCGAUUGAAGAGCGUUGAAGAUGGCUAGCUUCAGUUUUCCGCUAGUAUAUGUAAUGCAGAAGAUAUAUACCUUACGUCAACCACUAUUUCCGUAAGUGCAUGUUGGAUCGCCUACUUCAUCCUGCUACCAGGCUAUAAUAUCAAGGAAGUGUCACACAUCAUGCA